GAAGAAGCAGCGCUGCGGCUGUGUAACGUGCGCUUCGCCUCCACCGUCAACUCGGUCUGCGCCGCCACGCGCUACCACUACGUCACCGUCCUCAUGAAGGGCGAGGCGGAGCCGGGGGCGGAGCCGCGCAACCUCGAGCCAGAGAAGAACGAGGGCUGGGAAUGGGUUAAAUGGGAUGAACUUCCUCCAGCAGAUCAACUGUUCUGGGCCUUACGCUGUUUGAGAGAGCAAGGUUACAAUCCCUUCACAGAAGAGCUCGAUCAUCUAAAGGGGUACACGGGAAGUCACCAACUAGCAUAA